AUGGCCCAAAAUCCUCCACCUCCGGUUUGCCCGGUCCCGGGCGGUGUUCCGGUCUCGCUACCCAGCGGGCGCUCAAAGCAUUGGCCCGACCUCUGGACCAUUCCUGACCACCCGCUGGCUCCAAACUUCGGCAUGUAUCAAGGGAAAAUCUACUUCGGUCUUGUCUACUCAGCACCGGAGACUCGUAAGGCUCUGAAGAAUUUCCUUGAUGUUGCCCCAAUCCCGGAAGGUACACCAGACGGGAUUGAGAAAGCAGGGCUUCUGGUCAUGGCUCCCGGUGACUGUCUCAUCGUUCGAGACAUUCAGGGCAGCGGCAUGGAAGAGGAUGAUCAUGUUCAUGCGGUUCUCACCCCUCCGGAGCUCUUCUCACAAGAGCUUCGUGAUGACAUCCGCUCUGUCCGUGAUGACAUCCUUGGCCCUGUCGAGGAGCGCACCGCUGUGAAGGGUGGUGUAGCCUGGGAGCGGAGCCCUGAGGCCAAGUCUCUGAGGAACGCUGACCGCUGCUCCUCCCUCACCACUUCCCAUCAGGCUCCGAAGCAGCAGACUGCCCCCAUGGCGUCCACUCGGAUGCCGCUUGGAGUGCUUAGUGAGCAUCAGACUGUGCGAAAGCAUGCCAUACAGGCCAACGCUGCCAUCGCUGUGGAAGCUAUGGAGCUCUCUCUUCCACAUGAAGCCAAGCUUCUGCGUCAGCGUGCGGAGGCAUGCAAUGUGCCCCGUGUGGGCCAUGCAAACAACUACUUCUUCCCUGCCAUGCAGCUCAACCUGUCACCUGCCGCAGAGGCUGACACUGCAGUGCAAACCUUUACCCAGAAUAUGGGUGCCUUUGCUGGCAAACACAUCGAUUACCACGAUGCAUUGAACGGGUGGACGCACCUCCUAUGCCACAGUGACCUUCAUGGUGAUGAAGACCCUGGGGUCCUUAUCAUCAUGACGUUCGGAGUGUGUGUUCGCUUGGGCGGGCUAGCAUCUCUUCUGUUCUCUGGACGGCAUGUGCAUGGAGGUUUCCCACCCACCGCUAAGGAGGGAGAGAAGCCGCACCCCCAUUCUUACCGGAUGGUGAUCGUCUCUUACCCUCCUAGCUCCCUGUUCGAUGUAACUGGUAAGGUGACCCUGGGGUAUACACCUGAGGGUCCCUUGAACAUCUGUAAGGAGUUCAUUGAUCCAAAGUACGACGAGUUGGUCAUCAAGGGCACUCCUACAUCCAUGACUGCUGAUGCCUUGGCUAUCAUGGAUGAGGAGGCGGUCAUGGACUACCAUGGGCGUAGCUUGGCUAACCUUGCUGCUGGCCUGACUCGUCAGCUUCCACCUUCACUUGGUGCUCGCUUUGAUGUUAACCAGUUCCUUCGUGCAUUCACGUACAAGGAUCCAGUUACCAGAGAGGAGCGCCACUUGAACCCGUGGGAGCUGGGCCCGGGGUCGACAGAGAUGUCCAGCCUUGGGUGCACCCGUGCCGGGGUCACUGCUGCAUGGGCAGAUGCGCAGGCUCGCCUCAAACCUUUCUUCCCUGAGCUCGAGUCCACUAAGGGCUUGAUCAUGGCGGAGGAGGAGGGCGAUGAGUCAGUCCCUGCUACCACUGGGGAUAAACCAGGUGGGAAGCAUCCUCGUGAAGAGGAGUGGGUUAUGCGUCCAAUGACGCGUGCUGCAAAGAAGGCCAAACUCCAGUCCAAGUCUUAUGCAGACUUGCAGGCUGCUGGUCAGAAGGGCCAUAUCCAGUCUGUCCGCAGACUUCAUCUUGGUGCUACAGGCAUCAGGGUCUCUUCUCGCAAGAAGGGGAACGGGAAGCAGCGUACAGGCAAGGAGCCUGAGCAGGGAGGGGAGGCGUCUACUUCCCAGAUGGUUUUGCGACCCCGUGCUGGAAAGGGCUCUGAUGGUGAGAACCUUGGUUCUGAAGAUGAAGACACCUCAGAUGGAGACUUCCGUCCUCCUUCUGAGCGUGUCCCUGCAGUGAAGCGUGCUGUCAUCCAGAUUUCUGAGGACGCACUCCCUGAGAUCUGGAAGGACAGUGCUGCUUAUGCUAGGGGUGACCAUCCAGGGCCUCAUGGCAUAUCUCCCUCGGAGGAUGGGCAUGCAGUAAAUGCUGAGCCUUCAGCCAAGCCCUAUGAGAAGGUGCUUGCAACCUUCUCACAGCCGCAUCUUCAGAAGCUGCUCUCUAAGCUCCAAGUUGAGGUCAAGAAGCUUGAGGCUGAUCGCGCGCUUAUCCAGCGCUACUCGGGCACACCGCACAAGCAGAUCUAUAUGAUCUUGGAGGGCCUGGAUAAGUCCUCAAUAUUCUCCCCUGCCUUUGUCUCUGCCUUCCCUAGUUUCUGGGAUGCGAUCACUGUGCAGGAGCACAAGUCCAACAACCAUCAACUCAACCUCCUCCUUAUGCGCUCUCAGAUCAUGGCCGCUGUUGGAUCUGCCUGGACUUGGCUGGAUGUGCAGUUCCCUGCUAUGUGCAUGGCCAUUCUCCGUGAUGAAGUGGAUAAACAGAGCGCACCCUGGCUUUACCGCCUUGUGCAGGAUGUUAAGAAGGCACACUGCCAUUGUGGUGUGGUGCAGCUGGACCCCUUGUCCUAUGACCUCCGUGUUCCCUCCACUGCUGCUCGUACCUUCAACUUCUCAGAUGAUGACCUGGAGCCUUCCUCUGAGGUUUUGGAGACCUGCGUUAUGGCUGUCCUUCACUCCACCAUCCGUUCCUGGCUUGCGUUUCCUGGCCCUCAGAGCAUCAGCCGCAUCCAGGGGACUUUUGUCCGUCACCUCACCAGUGUCUUUGGCUCAGGCCAGGUCCUGCUUCUAGACAAGGUCUGGAACUUCUACCGCCUUGCGCGCACUGCUUUGCUUGGUGACCGCCUCCCACCUCGCCAUGCCUUUCAGCCAGACAUGCUUUCCGAGUUCCUUCAGGAUCUGUCAGCACUCCCGCUGGCUGAUUCUGACUCGGAGGAGCGUCGCAUUCUAUCCCAGAUUGAGGAUGCCGUCACUGCCCACCGCGCUCUCCUCA